AAAUUCUUGACUCUGCUACUCAGAGGCGUGGUUGCUGCUGAGCAUCUCAGCUCCUCUUAAGGCUGGAGCGGCGCUUUGUUCCGGGCGCCGGCGUCUCUACCCUCCCGUGUCGCGUCCAUCCUUUGCUUCCCUCUCCCUGUAUCGCCUUCCCGAGACUGUAUCCCCGAGCUGCUCUUCUCUCUUUGCUUCUAAACUUGUGGCCCUUGCCAGGUCCUGCUUUUUGCUUUUUCCUCCCAAGGCCGGGGUCGCUCCGUCAGGCCCCACCCCCCCCAGGCGCGGUAUGCCCCCAGCUGCCCAGCGCCCAUGGUCCUGACGCUGCUCUUCUCCGCCUACAAACUGUGCCGCUUCUUCACCAUGUCGGGCCCACGGGCGGGCGCAGAUAGGCUGACAGUGCCGGGGCAGGAUAGGAAUGGCAGUACCAGCCCAUGGUGGGCUGCCGGCCGCGGGUCCCGCGAAGUGUCGCCCGGGGUGGGCACCGAGGUGCAAGGCGCCCUGGAGCGUUCUCUGCCGGAGCUGCAGCAGGCGCUGUCCGAACUGAAGCAGGCAAGCGCGGCGCGGGCGGUGGGCGCGGGCCUCGCCGAGGUCUUCCAGCUGGUAGAGGAGGCCUGGCUGCUGCCGGCCGUGGGCCGCGAGGUGGCCCAGGGUCUGUGCGAUGCAAUACGCUUGGACGGUGGCCUCGACUUGCUAUUGCGGUUGCUGCAGGCACCGGAGCUAGAGACCCGCGUGCAGGCCGCACGCCUGCUGGAGCAGAUCCUGGUGGCUGAGAACCGGGACCGUGUGGCGCGGAUCGGCCUGGGAGUGAUCUUGAACCUGGCGAAGGAGCGAGAACCGGUGGAGCUUGCACGGAGCGUGGCAGGCAUCUUGGAGCACAUGUUCAAGCACUCGGAGGAGACGUGCCAGCGGCUGGUGGGGGCCGGCGGUCUGGACGCAGUGCUGUACUGGUGCCGCCGCACAGACCCGGCACUACUGCGCCACUGCGCCCUGGCGCUGGCGAAUUGCGCGCUGCACGGGGGUCAGGCGGUGCAGAGAUGCAUGGUGGAGAAGCGCGCCGCCGAGUGGCUCUUCCCUCUCGCCUUCUCCAAGGAGGACGAGCUGCUUCGGCUGCAUGCCUGCCUGGCGGUGGCGGUGUUGGCUACCAACAAGGAGGUGGAGCGCGAGGUCGAGCACUCUGGCACGCUAGCGCUCGUCGAGCCGCUCGUGGCAUCGCUGGACCCCGGUCGCUUUGCCCGCUGCCUGGUGGACGCCAGUGACACACGCCAGGGUCGCGGACCGGAUGACCUGCAAAGCCUGGUGCUGCUGCUCGAUUCGUCACGUUUGGAGGCUCAGUGCAUUGGGGCUUUCUAUCUGUGCGCCGAGGCUGCCAUCAAGAGCCUACAGGGCAAGACAAAGGUGUUCAGCGACAUCGGUGCCAUCCAGAGCCUGAAACGCCUCGUUUCUUACUCCACCAAUGGCACCACGUCGGCGCUGGCCAAGCGCGCGCUGCGCCUGUUGGGCGAGGAGGUACCCCGGCGCAUCCUGCCUUGUGUGGCCAGCUGGAAGGAGGCCGAGGUCCAGACCUGGCUGCAACAGAUUGGCUUCUCCCAGUACUGCGAGAAUUUCCGGGAUCAGCAGGUAGACGGUGACCUGCUUCUACGGCUCACAGAGGAAGAACUCCAGACAGACUUGGGCAUGAAAUCAAGCAUCACCCGCAAGAGGUUCUUUAGAGAGCUCACAGAGCUCAAGACCUUUGCCAACUAUGCUACGUGCGACCGCAGCAACCUAGCAGACUGGCUAGGCAGCCUGGACCCUCGCUUCCGCCAGUACACCUAUGGCCUGGUCAGCUGCGGCCUGGACCGCUCCCUGCUGCACCGCGUGUCAGAGCAGCAGCUCCUGGAGGACUGUGGCAUCCGCCUGGGGGUGCAUCGCUCACGCAUCCUCACUGCAGCCCGAGAAAUGCUACACUCACCACUGCCCUGUUCUGGUGGCAAGACCAGUGGAGACACCCCUGAUGUCUUUAUCAGCUACCGGAGAAGCUCGGGUUCCCAGCUGGCCAGCCUCCUAAAGGUGCACCUGCAGCUGCACGGCUUCAGCGUCUUCAUCGAUGUGGAGAAGCUGGAAGCCGGCAAGUUCGAGGACAAGCUCAUCCAGAGCGUCAUGGCGGCGCGAAACUUUGUCCUGGUGCUGUCUGCUGGGGCGCUGGACAAAUGCAUGCAGGACCAUGACUGCAAGGACUGGGUACACAAGGAGAUUGUGACUGCUUUAAACUGUGGCAAGAACAUUGUGCCCAUCAUUGAUGGCUUCGAGUGGCCCGAGCCUCAGGCACUGCCUGAGGAUAUGCAAGCUGUACUUACCUUCAAUGGCAUCAAAUGGUCCCACGAGUACCAAGAAGCCACCAUCGAGAAGAUCACCCGCUUCCUGCAGGGCCGCCCCUCUCAGGACUCCUCUGCCGGUUCUGAUACCAGUUUGGAGGGAUCUGCACCGAUGGGCCUGCCUUAACUUGUCCCCAGUUCCCAUGUACUGCUGUGACUCCUGGUCCCAUCAUUUCCCCACCCUUAAAGGAAUAGCUCCUCUAGAGCCGCCCUGGGCUGAGACAGACCAGACUUUUCUCAGGAAAUGGCUUUCCCUGCUGCCACCCUGUGGCCCACCUCUAACCCAGAGAUGCCAGGCAUGGGGUUAGAUGAGAGGACACUCCUCUGUCAGACCCUGCUUCAGGCUCCAACUCAUAUCCAGAGCCACGGCCCUGCUUAGUUAUGGACACUCAAGCUAGGGGAAGGACAUUCUCCCAUCUCCUGCCCCGAGAGCAGCCAGCUGAAGUCGGAUGAGGUUGGCAGACUCUGGCAGGAGUAAGGACAAUGCCUAAGCCCUUUACCUGGGCCUAGGAGGCAUCUAGGGUUGAAGAUCCCCCAACGGCUGUCCACUCACACUGUGCCUGGCCCCUCCCUGGCUCACCUGGCUUCCUGCUGCCUCAUGGCCUUGUCUGUAACUACCUGGCAUCUCCUGCCAGAUUUCUUUAGGCAGCCUCCUUUUCCGUGUCAGGAGUCAGGGUGCAUCCGAGUCGGUCCUCUGCCUGGCUUUGCUGACCUUUCUGGUGCAGGGAGACCUUAAGAACCCACCCUAGCCCAAACUCCUGUGCUGUACCUAAGGCUCCUGCCUAGCGUGCUCCACCUGGCUUCCUCAGCUCCUCACCCACACAGGGCUUGUCACCCUCUUGCUCAGAAGAGAGCAGGGAAGCGCCAGCCCAAUCGCUGAGCAGGACCUGCACCAUGGGAAAGAGGCAGGACCUCCGCCGGCAAGGGGCAGUUUCUCCCACAGAAGUGUGUCCACAUUCACUGUGAAUCUUGUCAAAACACAGAGCAGGCCAUGUGGGAAGCACCUGAGCUGCUGCUGUCUUCAGAUUCCAAGUGAGCUAAGGCUCUCGCCAGCCCCUGCCAUGUUCCAAAUACCCCAACCCUGGUCCCUAACCCUCACAGCAGCCUCUUCCAGUCCUGUCACCUCAGUUUUACAGAGAAGAGUGGUUGAAUGAUGGACCCAGGUCCCCAAAUAAUUGGUGGCGGCCCCAGGAUUCUGCCCUAGUUCCGGCACCCAGCACCAGUGUCCAGACCUGUUUUCCCGAGACUUUUCCUAGAGACUGUGGCCCAAGCUGGGUAGCGGCCUCUCCCUGGCCCCAAAGAACUGGGCUGUAUGGGGUGGGUCCUAGCCAAAAGGCCAAGCCAGGGGCAUACUGAAAUAGCUGGGCAGGACUGUCCCAUACCCCUUUCCACUGGACAAGAGGGCAAAAUUGGCUCUCCCCACUCAGGUUCCUGCUUGGAGUCAGCUGGCACCAUCCUGCUGCUGACUCCUGGGGGCAGUGGGGUAGCACCUCUUCAGGAGCUGGUCAGGGUACUUGCCCUCAGUCCCCACUGUCACAGAGCCAAAGGGUUCUCUCUCCAGGUUUAGGGACACCUCCCUUCUACUGUCCUUCCUGCCAAAGACCCCAUCUUCCAAGGAUCAUGGCUAGCCUCUGGCUAUGACUAUCUGUAGUUCUGAUCCCGUCACCAGUCCAACCCUACAUCCUGUUCUGAGGUGAGGCAGAUGGAAUGGUGCCCUUGAUGACAACAUCAAUGACAAUAUAGUGUAUGAGUUCCCCUUGGGGAAAUGUUGUCUAUCUUCAGUCCACACUCUCCAGAGGUUCCCGUGGGCAGUACUCAAGAAGUUUCUGGGGUUUUUUUGUUUGCGACACGUCACUACUACCUCCCACUGUCUGGCCUUCUGUUGACCUGUCCCCUCCUGUCUUCUCCAGGACGGCCUUGUGUCCCAGCCAGGAUCUUAGUGUCAAGCCUCUUCUAGCACGGCACUAUGCUCUGUGGUAGCACACACCUCAGGCUGCAGGCAGAGCCAGCAGCUGGGCUGGGCCUUGACUUCUACCAAGCAUGGCUGACCACAGUGACCUCAAGACAAGCUCAUCAGUAACCCUUCAAGCUGCCCAGGCUUGUAUGGUCUGUGAGUUCAGGGGUUUGUGCCUGGCUGGGCUAUGUAGCUGCUGCUCCUAGGCUGGGGCUGAGUCAGGGUAGUGGGCACUGAACUGUUCAGGGACAUUAAGAGGGUGACGAUCGAGCCAGUUUGUUCAUCCCUUUACUAGGCAUCACAUCCCAGGGUAUAUGAAGAUGGAGGGAUCCAGGGCAUCCGGUCACUGUGCUCCCUAACGCAUGCAGUUAGGUGUGGUCCUUGUAACCAGACAGUUUGGGCGGAGUGCUGACCCAAUUUUCACUAGGUUUAUUCAAGAUCAAGGUGCCAGAGUGGAGCCUUUCCCGCCUCACAGCGGUAAGGUCAGGGAAGGCCAUGUCUUGCUUUGUUCCAGUCUCCAGAGGGGCAGCGAGGCAGGGGUGUGGCAGCAGGAUGGAGCCUGCUGCCUUUGUUUUCCCUGGGAGACUUCUGUUGCACCUACAUGGUUUCCAGCCGGGAGACUGCCCUGCAGAGUAGGUGCAGAUGCAGGGUCUAGCUCUCCCAGACAGUUUGAAGAAUCACAAAGCUCCCACUGUGGGUCGGACUGGAGAGGGCUGCUCACAAUAGGUCAGGCCUGCCUUUGAGCUCUAGGCCCAGGCCUUUCCAACCUCCAUUCACUCACGGAAGCAGGGAGGAUGGUCUCAGUGCAUGGCCCUGCUCAGCAGCAAGUUUCGUGGGAGGACCAAAUGGCAGCCAAAAGAGAUCCCACAGGAAGGAGCCGCCAGAGCUUGGGCCUAAGUGUCUCCACUGCUCUGAUGAGGACUCACAGCCUUUCACCCCUCAGCAGCUUAGACAGUUGGAGUUUGGAGGGACAAGCUGGGUUCCAACCCCACAGGCAACUUAAGAACUCCAGAUGAGUGGUGCUGGUGUCUGACUGUGCCAAACAGGCCAAGAGCAAGAAGACAGAAAGACCCAAAGUCCAGUGACUCUUCAGUCUAACUCAAAUGAUUUACUGUGACAAAUGACACGGCUGAGGUCAAGGGUGUGUAGGCUGAGUGGAUAGGCUGCUGGGCGGUGGUGGCACAUGCCUUUAAUCCCAACACUCGGGAGGCAGAGACAGGAGGAUCUCUGUGAGUUUGAGACCAGCCUGGUCUACAGGAGCUAGUUCCAGGACAGCCUCCAAAGUCACAGAGAAGCCCUGUCUUGAAAGACAAAACAAAACAAAAAGAAUGCAUAGACUGAGGUUAAGCGCUGACUCCCAGCCACAGACAGUGCUGCUCCCUCUGGGGCAAUACUCCCCCUGGUAUCAUACCUAUCAUUAGGGGCGACUGGAGACCAUCGGGGACCUAGUACCAUGGGCUUAAAGGAGAGGUCAGGUCUCAUGCUUCACUUGGUCCCUGACGUACCAUCUCUGUCACUCUGGAGGCUUCUGAAUGAUGAAUGGCUUAAAGGGCGAAGAAACCCUUGCCUCAGAUGGCCCCCUGCAGCCUGCCCUGAGUGUGCCUGUCCUGGUUAGACUACAGAUCCCAUGCAGGGACUGGCUCAGUGGGAGAACAGGUGGUGUCCAUAACUGGCUUGACAACCCUGUCAAAAGCGAGUACUGCCUUCAGAAGGCCGGCUGGUGUGGGUCCACUCUUGCUCAUAGCCUCUGGCAGAUCAGGAACUCUGAGGAAACUGCUGGAAUUCAGGGUGUGGACUAGCCUUCUCCAGUACCCUGUGAGAGACCAGAGAGAUGGUUCAGAAUUGACAUGGGGAGCCCACAAGCCCAGUCUGGAGAGGUGACAUGGGACUGACUUGGGUGGGUGACUUGCGGGUGUCUCCCCUUAAGCCGAGAGGAGAACUCUUAAGACUUGGUUCAGUGGGUCAGUCUAGCUGGGGCUCAGCCACAAGUAGCCAAGUAAGCUCUCUUUCUAUUAACACAGUUUGGCCGCUGUGAUCCUGUCUGCCAACAUGGGGAUGGGGCAGGCUGAGGGGGCCUGAUGGAAAGGACAGGACACAGCCUUGUCUAGUAAUGUUAGGUUGACCCUGGCCACAUGUCCUUCGACCUCACUCUGGAUAUAGGUCCUAAAAACACAGGCAGCCACCUGCAUGGGGUAGGGUCAGUCCUGGAUGACAUACCUAAAGGACAAGGGUUCCAGGAGGGAAACUGCCAUUUUUAGUUAGGAACAGGGGAAAGAGGAAGCCUCUAGGAAAGUUAAGAUACCAUGAAGAGCAAGCAAGGUCAGGGCCCUCUAUUACCCAAUCAGAAUGGCCGGGAUGAAGAGGAGGCCAGCUCCCAGGAGGAAGGGGAAACCCUUCAUGAAAUUCAGAGUGGCUGGGUAGAGUGAGUUGAAGAUGCCGGAGGCCAUCAACAUGGCCAAGCUAUUCACACAGGCCACCGCGGAAAAGAGAGCUCCUGUGAGGGAAUAAAUACCAUGCUUCAGAGUUGGAAAAACCCAGGGUCAAAUGAGGACAGUGCCACCUCAUAGCUUCAUGACCCGGGGCAAGCCAUUUGGCCAUCCUUACCUGUAAAGACUCAGUGAAAUUAUAUAUGGGAAGCACCUGGCAGAGGGGCUACUAAAUACAUAGCUGUUAACUGUUAUUAAAUUCACACAAAGGCCUGUGUGGUACCCUUA